GCUUGCUGGCGGGCGGCUGGCGCGCGCGGCUGGGGAGGCCAUUCGCCGCGGGGAGGCCGCAGCCUCGGAGAGCCGCCGGGAACGCGCGCCGGGCGGAGUGCCAGUUGCUGAGGCGCGGGAACCGCCGCCGCGCGCGCCCCUGAAGCGCGCCCCCCCUCCGCUUUCUGCCCUCUUCUUCGCCUGCGCCCGGGAGCGCCGAGAGGCGGCAGGAGGGGCCCAGCCAUGUCGCGCAGGCGGCACAGCGACGAGAACGACGGUGGGCAGCCACACAAAAGAAGGAGAACAUCUGAGCCAUCUGUAAUUGAAGAACGGUUGGAAUCCUUAAUAUGCAGAGUGGGAGAAAAGAGUAAUUCCUCUUUGGAGAGUAAUUUGGAAGGCCUGGCUGGAGUCUUGGAGGCAGAUCUACCAAACUACAAGAGCAAGAUACUAAGACUCCUUUGUACAGUUGCACGUUUGUUACCAGAAAAGUUAACUGUUUACACAACUCUAGUUGGCUUACUGAAUGCCAGGAACUACAAUUUUGGAGGAGAGUUUGUGGAAGCCAUGAUUCGUCAGCUCAAAGAAUGCUUGAAAGUCAGCAUGUACAAUGAAGCUGUGUACUUGGUCCGUUUUCUCUCUGAUCUAGUGAAUUGCCAUGUAAUUGCUGCACCUUCGAUGGUAGCCAUGUUUGAGAACUUUGUCUGUGUGACUCAGGAGGAGGAUGUACCUCAGGUGCGAUGUGACUGGUAUGUGUAUGCAUUUCUGUCAUCCCUGCCUUGGGUGGGGAAGGAACUGUAUGAGAAGAAGGAUGCUGAGAUGGACCGCAUCUUGUCCCAUGUUGAAAAUUAUCUAAAGCGCCGUCAGAAGAUUCACGUACCCAUGUUACAGAUUUGGUCUGCGGACAAACCACAUCCACAAGAAGAGUACUUAGAUUGCCUCUGGGCUCAGGUUCAGAAGCUGAAGAAAGACCGCUGGCAGGAAAGGCACAUCCCGCGGCCCUAUCUGGCCUUUGACAACGUGUUGUGUGAAGCUCUGCAGCACAACCUGCCUCCCUUCACUCCGCCACCACACACGGAAGAUUCCGUCUACCCGAUGCCAAGAGUGAUCUUUCGAAUGUUUGACUACACUGAUGAUCCCGAGGGUCCGGUUAUGCCUGGCAGUCAUUCUGUUGAGAGGUUUGUGAUAGAAGAAAAUCUCCACUGCAUCAUCAAAUCGCACUGGAAGGAGAGAAAGACGUGUGCUGCCCAGCUACUGAGCUACCCUGGGAAUAACAAGAUUCCUCUCAACUACCACAUCGUCGAGGUGAUCUUUGCUGAGCUGUUUCAGCUUCCUGUCCCUCCACACACAGAGGUCAUGUACACAACGCUUCUUAUCGAACUCUGUAAACUUCAACCUGGCUCGUUGCCCCAAGUUCUGGCCCAAGCCACAGAAAUGUUGUACAUGCGCUUGGAUACAAUGAAUACAACAUGCAUAGAUAGGUUCAUCAAUUGGUUUUCCCACCAUUUGAGUAAUUUUCAGUUCCGUUGGAGUUGGGAAGAUUGGUCAGACUGCCUUUCCGAGGACCUCGAGAAGCCCAGACCUAAAUUUGUAAGAGAAGUACUAGAAAAAUGCAUGAGGCUGUCCUACCAUCAGCGAAUAGUAGAUAUUGUUCCUGCCACUUUUUCAGUCCUAAUUCCUGCAAAUCCAACAUGUAUUUAUAAAUACGGAGAUGAAAGUAACAAGUCUCUUCCUGGAUACAAUGUUGCGCUCUGUUUAAACAUCGCCAUUAAAAAUAAAGCCAGCAAUGAUGAAAUCUUCACCAUUCUGAAGGACGUGCCCAACCCGAAUCAGGAUGACGAUGAUGAUGAAGGCUUCUCCUUCAAUCCUCUGAAGAUAGAAGUAUUCGUCCAGACGCUGCUUCAUUUAGCUGCCAAGUCAUGCAGUCACUCCUUCAGUGCUCUGGGAAAAUUUCGUGAGGUCUUCAAAACGUUGGCAGAAAGUGAUGAAGGGAAACUCCACGUCCUCCGAGUUAUGUAUGAAGUAUGGAAGAAUCAUCCACAAAUGAUCGCAGUACUGGUAGAUAAGAUGAUUCGGACUCAAAUUGUGGAUUGUGCUGCAGUAGCAAACUGGAUUUUCUCUUCAGAACUGGCUCAUGACUUCACUAGGUUUUAUAUCUGGGAAAUCCUACACUCUACAAUCCGCAAGAUGAACAAGCAUGUGAUAAUGAUCCAGAAAGAGCUAGAAGAGGCCAAAGCAAGACUAGCCAAGCAGCACAAACGUCGAGACAGUGAUGACGAUGACGAUGAUGACGACCGUAGCAGUGACCGGGAAGAUGGGCCCCUGGAAGAACAGAUCGAGCGUUUGCAAGAAAAAGUAGAGUCAGCUCAAAGUGAGCAAAAGAACCUCUUCCUCGUAAUAUUCCAGCGUUUCAUUAUGAUUCUAACGGAGCACCUUGUGCGGUGUGAAACCGGUGGGAUUGAUGCAAUCACACCUUGGUACAAGAACUGUAUAGAGAGGCUGCAACAGAUCUUUUUACAGCAUCAUCAGAUCAUCCAGCAGUACAUGGUGACCUUAGAGAACCUUCUGUUCACAGCAGAACUGGAUCAUCACAUACUGGCGGUAUUCCAGCAAUUCUGUGCGCUGCAGGCCUGAGCGGCAACUUCUUUUUGUACAGGACUUGUACAGGACGUCGUCCUUUUUAAAGAAAAGUGGGAGGAGUCAACACACGACAUCUUUUAAUUUGGAAAAUGAGCUUACUGUGCUGUCCUAGAUAAAGCUAUUCAGUACUCUAACGGGGAAACUGUUUUAGCAGUAGAGGCCUUACUCUAGUUACGACUGCUAGGUGAUUGGGAUGGAAUAAUGUGUGGAUUUUUUUUAUUAUUAUUAUUUUGAAAUGGUUUGAAUGCUGGCUUCAUCAUAGCAUUUGUUUUGUCUCCCUCAGUGGUUUGUAUAAAUAUAGGAAAAGGUAGAACCGGAGUCGAUUUAUCUUUGCUUGAGGCUUACGUGAAUUGAUUCCCUCAUUCGAAUAAUGUGAAGCGAGUCUCGAGACUUGUGUGCCUGACUGGAGAGCAGCUUUUCCAGCGGGUAACAUUUUACUCCUUCGGAAAAGCAGCAUAGGACUCGUGGAAACACUAAAAAGUCAAGCCUAGAGUAUAUGUUUGUUAUCAAAAUUACUUUUCACAGUUGGAGGAAACAUGGUUGAAAUACAAUCGAGAUAUGUUUUU